AGUUGACUGUUGAUCACCGUCGCGUUAACUGUUACUUUAUGUUUUAUCGUCUCGAUUUUGGAUCAUUCUUACGUUCACCCAGCGGAAUAUUUACAACAAUAACUGGAAAUUAGCGCCCUUUGUUUUUAGUCUGGAAAACCUUUCGAAAGUUUCCUGUUGACCGUGAAAAUAGCUACAAGUGCCGGGGCUUCUAGUUCGAUUGAAUUCUUCGAAAUGACUCGAUUGAAAAAAAUUUAACCUAAAAUUCAUGGAGUGAAAUGCUAAACGAUACAAUUUGUGUGAUACAAACGAUUUUCAAAUAUUAAACAAGUGAUUCAUUUUGUGAUUUUGUGGCGCCAACUGAGCUUGAUCAAGUUCAUAACAGUUCGUUUUCAACAAUUUGUGGACAUUGUGCAGAAAACAAAGCAAUUUUUUCGUUUUUUUUUGUUGAGAUAACACAAUUUGGAGCAUUUAUACAUAUCUCCUGGAAAGACAGUGAAAUAGUGACGCUCACAGAAUGGGUUAUAAUAAUCCAGCGUUUGUAGACGAUGACAACAAAUCAUCAAACACAAGGACAACCAUUCGGCAUGACGAUAAGCAACAUCAACAGCAGCAGCAGCAGCAGCAAACAAAUGAUGUCGUGCACGAAACAACGAAUGGUGUGUCAACAACAGGUACAGGUAGCAGUCCAGUCGCAUCAAACAAACCAGCAACGUCGGCGCCCAAAGAACGAGCCAACUGGGGCAAUGACGUUGAAUUUUUGAUGAGUUGCAUAGCGAUGUCCGUUGGCUUGGGCAACAUUUGGAGAUUCCCAUUCACAGCACUGGAGAACGGUGGCGGUGCAUUUCUAAUACCAUAUUUAAUUGUACUGCUUAUCAUCGGACGACCAUUGUAUUACAUGGAAAUGUUACUUGGACAAUUUUCCAGCCGAAGCAGCAUCAAAGUUUUUGAUUUGGCCCCAGCGCUCAGAGGCGUUGGUUAUGCUCAAGUCAUUUCAACAAGUAUAGUGGCCACGUAUUAUGUCACCAUCAUGGCUAUUACUUUACACUAUUUCUUCAACUCAUUCAAAGCAAUUUUACCAUGGACCGAAUGCUCCAAUGAAUGGGGCGACAGUUGUACACCGUCAUCACGUGACACAAACAUCUUUAAAUACAUCAAUCAAUCGCUGGCCGAUCGCAGCUCCUCAGCUGAAUUGUACUAUGAAAAAGUGGUACUAAAAGAGUAUACAUCGAUUGAAAAUGGGAUUGGCAUGCCUGACCUCUAUUUGGCGCUGUGCUUGGCAUUGGCUUGGAUAAUCAUUGGGUCAGUGCUGAUCAAAGGAGUGCAAAGUUCAGGGAAGGCCUCUUAUUUCUUGGCAUUGUUCCCAUAUGUCAUCCUCGUUAUUCUGUUGAUUCGUGCGGUGACAUUGCCCGGUGCAUUCAAUGGCAUUAUGUUCUUCAUUCGACCCAAAUGGGAUAAGCUUCUUGAUCCAAAUGUUUGGUUUGCAGCAAUUACACAGUGUUUUUUCUCAUUGGCCGUAUGCUUUGGUAAUUUAAUUAUGUACGCAUCGUUCAAUCGAUUCGAUCACAAUGUCUAUCGUGAUGCAACAAUUGUUACCACGUUGGAUACAUUUACCUCAAUGCUUGCUGGAUGUACGAUUUUCGGUAUUCUUGGACACUUGGCCCAUGAGAGCGGUGCAACCGAUGUCGCUCAAGUGGUUAAAGGCGGUGCUGGAUUGGCCUUUAUCUCGUACCCAGAUGCUAUUGGACGAUUCCAAUUUGUGCCACAAGUUUUUUCUGUGCUGUUCUUCUUUAUGCUAUUCGUUCUGGGUAUCGGUAGCAAUAUUGCGAUGUGUUCCUGCAUUAUAACUGCCAUUCACGAUCAAUUUCCCAAAUGGAAACCAUCAUUGGUGUGCAUCGGUGUUGCGACUACCGGCUUUUUGAUUGGACUUUUCUAUAUUACUCCGGGUGGUCAAUUCAUUUUGAACUUGGUCGACUUCUUUGGUGCUUCAUUCGUUGUGUUCAUAUUGGCGAUUGCAGAAAUAGUCGCCGUUUGCUGGAUUUAUGGAACUGAUCGUCUUUGCCGUGACGCCGAGUUUAUGAUUGGUCGAAAUCCGGGCAAGUAUUGGAGAACUUGUUGGGGAGUGCUAACACCUGUUAUUAUGAUCAUCAUUCUCCUGUACACACUUGUUUCGUUCAAGCCGUUGACGUACAAAAAUCAAUUUUAUCCACCAACCGCUUACGCAAUCGGUUGGACAAUAUCCGCGGUGGGAUUGAUGCAAUUACCGUUCUGGGCAAUUUACGCUGUGAUAAAGCAAAAGGGUGACACAUGGGGCGAGAAAAUUCGCAAUUCAUUUCGUCCGAAUGCAAAAUGGGGCCCAGCAGAUCCAGCCACACUGGAACGAUAUCAAAAAUACAUCGACAACUGGCACAGUGAAAUCACAGCAAAUCCACCGAGAAACCUAUGGCAAAAGGUGAUACGAAAAAUCUAUGGCUGAAAAUGAUGCCAAAAUCAGCUCAACAACGUAACGUUUACGUCCAAGAAUUUAGGGUUAAAUUUUUAGUUGUAGUGAGAAUUUUUGUAAGUUUUUUUGUAAAGUUAAGAUUGUUGUUUUUUUAAAUAAAUAAAACGUCGCAUUUUUCUGUAUAAAAGCAC